AUGGCCUCCGUCACGCGCCUCAGCAACUCUGCCCUGCGGGCCUCCCUCAAGGCCCCGGCCUUCAAUGGCCGGACUGCCGCCUUCAAUGCCGUGCGCUGCUACUCGGCCAAGACCCAGACCCUCAAGGAGCGCUUCGCCGAGAUCCUCCCCGAGAAGGUUGAGCAGAUCAAGGCUCUCCGCAAGGAGCACGGCUCCAAGGUCGUCGACAAGGUGACGCUCGACCAGGUCUAUGGCGGCGCCCGUGGCAUCAAGUGCCUUGUCUGGGAGGGCUCCGUCCUCGACGCCGAGGAGGGCAUCCGCUUCCGCGGCAAGACCAUCCCCGAGUGCCAGAAGCUUCUGCCCAAGGCUCCCGGCGGCAAGGAGCCCCUCCCCGAGGGUCUCUUCUGGCUGCUCCUCACCGGCGAGGUCCCGACCGAGGCGCAGGUUCGCGCUCUGUCUGCCGAGUGGGCCGCCCGCUCCGACAUCCCCAAGUUCGUCGAGGAGCUGAUCGACCACUGCCCGACCGACCUUCACCCCAUGGCGCAGUUCUCCCUGGCCGUCACUGCCCUCGAGCAGACGUCUUCGUUCGCCAAGGCCUACGCCAAGGGCAUCAACAAGAAGGAGUACUGGAGCUACACCUUUGAGGACUCGAUGGACCUCAUCGCCAAGCUGCCCAACAUCGCCUCGCGCAUCUACCAGAACGUCUUCAAGGGCGGCAAGGUCGCACCCAUCCAGAAGGACAAGGACUACUCGUUCAACUUUGCCAACCAGCUCGGCUUCGGCGAGAACAAGGACUUUGUUGAGCUGCUCCGUCUGUACCUGACCAUCCACACUGACCACGAGGGUGGCAACGUCAGCGCCCACACGACCCACCUGGUCGGCAGCGCUCUCAGCUCUCCCUUCCUGUCCCUGGCGGCUGGCCUGAACGGUCUCGCCGGACCCCUGCACGGCCUGGCCAACCAGGAGGUGCUCAACUGGCUCACCGAGAUGAAGAAGGUCGUUGGCGACGACCUGAGCGACAAGAACAUCACCGACUACCUGUGGUCGACGCUCAACAGCGGCCGUGUCGUUCCCGGCUACGGCCACGCCGUCCUCCGCAAGACGGACCCGCGCUACAUGGCCCAGCGCGAGUUUGCCCUUGCCAACAUGCCCGAGGACCCCAUGUUCAAGCUCGUCAGCCAGGUCUACAAGAUUGCCCCCGGUGUCCUGACUGAGCACGGCAAGACCAAGAACCCCUUCCCCAACGUCGACGCGCACUCGGGUGUCCUGCUGCAGCACUACGGCCUGACCGAGGCCAACUACUACACCGUCCUGUUCGGUGUGUCGCGCGCCAUUGGUGUCCUUCCGCAGCUGAUCCUCGACCGCGCCUUCGGCUCGCCCAUCGAGCGCCCCAAGUCGUUCUCUACCGACAAGUGGGUCGAGCUCGUCAGCAAGCUGUAA